UUCGUGAGAGAGCAACGUAAUGGUGUUAAUGGAUGCUAAUGCUAAUUAAUGAUACAAAUAUUACCGAAUUACUUGAUUUUCUUAUUAAUUGUGUAGCAUCACCGCUGGUUACACAAACCGAAACCAUGUGUGAUGGCAGCGCUGAUACGAGCUAUUGUUGCAAACUUACGCGCGUGUAAUUUAUAUGCAAUUCGUAAUUAUUAUGAUGACAUUCAUCAUUAUAAUGCACAUAUAUGUUAACUAAAAUGCACAUAUAUGUUAACAUAGUGUCAAAUAUGUUACUAGGUAUUAGCCGGUCCUACUCCUUUUUUUCAAAUAUUGAUGAGUAGGGUGCUAGAAUCCGAAACUUUGGAUUAUCGAAUACAAAUUUUGUUAUGAAGUUCUGAAACCUGAAUACAAAAUUUGGAUAUAAAGUUCUAGUUUGUAAAGAAUUCUUACCUUUAAUCUUGAAACCAUGGUGUCAUUUAAAGGGCUUGGCAAAUCAUGCAUUCUGGUGAUUGUGGUGGCUGGUAUAGAGAAGUUUGCUUUCAAAGGAAUACAAUCGAAUCUUGUGACGUAUCUGACGGAGGUGGUGAAAAUGAACACUUCAACAGCGGUGAAAAUAGUGAACAUUUGGUUUGGAGUGUCUUAUUCUUUACCAAUCAUAGGAGCAUUUCUUGUAGAUUAUUUUACAGAUAGAUACUCCGCCCUUACAGCCUCGUCUCUUUUAUAUGUUUCUGGACUGGUGGCGCUGACAUCAACUGCAUUCGCAUGGGAUACAAAGUCUAAAAUUAAAAUUAGUAAUGCACAUGAAGGGGCCAGUUCUAGUUCGGGUUCUUCAACUUAUCUUCUGUUUUUAUCUCUGCUUUUGCUAGCUUUAGGACAAGGUGGAUACAACCCAUGUUUGCAAGCAUUUGGAGCCGAUCAACUUCACCUUACCACAGAUGAUAACAAUCAAGAUCAGUUGCCAAGUUCAACCAAUAUUACAGAUGAUGGAGACGAAAAUGAUGAAAUAGAUUCUAAUGACUUGAAGAGAAGUAAAUUCUUUAGAUGGUACUAUUUUAGUGUAUGCAGUGGGACUUUGCUGGGUGUUACUCUGUUGUCUUAUCUUCAAGAAAUAUUGGGUUGGGGAAUAGGUUAUGCUGUUCCUACCAUUGUUAUGGCAAUUUCCGUCGCUCCUUUCUUUUGUGGGACAAGAUUAUACACAGUCAUCAAAAAACCGAAGUCUGCCAAACAAAAUAUAACACCAUUGAUUAAAAACUUAGCCAAGUCCAUCAAGGGUACUGCACAGAAGUUCAUGAAUCGUAACAAGACCUUACCCUCAAAUUCACCCUUUGUCGAACUCAGGGCUCAGCAGAAACCACCGGGUUGUAGCCACGAUUCAGAUGAUCAGCAAAGCGAUAUGACCAACAAACUUAGCGCAGAUGUACUAGUUGAUGAUCCGAUAGAAGAAAAAAAAUCUCUUGUAAGGCUAAUACCAACAUGGAUGCUGCUCCUAGUGUUUUCUAUCAUCCUUCAACAACCAGCAACUUUCUUCACCAAACAAGGCACUGAUAUGAAGAGAAAGUUUGGUUCCCAUUUUAUAAUCCCUUCAGCAGCACUACAAGGUGUUAAAAGCCUUACUAUAAUUUUUCUAGUGCCUGUAUAUGACAAAAUAGUGACACCCGUUUUUCGGAUAAUCAGUCAAAGUAAGAAAAGGAUGACCAUAAUGCAAAGGAUGGGUUUUGGUUUGUUUUUGUCAGUAGUUGCUAUGUGUAUAGCUGCUGUUAUUGAGACACAAAGAAUGAAAAUUAGUAGAAGAGAACCAAAUAAUAAUUCAGCUCAAUUGAACAUUUUUUGGUUAGUGCCGCAGUACAUCAUAAUGGGAAUGGCAGAAGUUUUUACAAUUGUUGGGAUGCAGGAGUUCUUUUAUAGCGAAGUUCCUAACAAGUUGAAAACUCUGGGAAUGGCUUUACCUCAAGGUGUCUUUGGCGUCGGAAGUUUUCUUAGCGCAAUCCUGAUAUCUAUACUUGAUAAAGUUACAGGUGAUGGAAAACAUAGCUGGUUCUCGGAUGACAGGCACGGAGGUCAUCUAGACAGGUAUUACUGGUUAUUAGCAAUUUCAAGUGCAAUUAACUUGCUUUGCUUCACAAUUUAUUCGCGCAAAUAUUACAAUUAACGUCCCUUGCCAAGAUAUAUCUUUCCAAGGAACUUUAAUUGUAAUAUCUACGCGGUCUUUAAUGUACGAGGCUGUUGGUGUGUGUUGCUAUGUCAUUAGAGUGCAAGUCUGUAAUGGUCCUGGUUGUGCAUGAUGCACGUGUUAUAUAGUGCCGGUCGUCAAAUGUGAGAUGGCCUCUUUUAUAAAUUGCCAUUCAUUGCGGUUGUAUUUGUAAGGAUUGAAUUCCCCAAAUAAGAAAGAUGGAUUUGACAUUCUUGAAUAUGCCACUAGAAGUGUUUGA